AUGCAACACGAACAGACCCUAAGUAAUAACAUUAUGGCGGCAAACAAGGAAAUUCUAUUGAUGGACACGGAAGAUGAUGAAAUAAUAGCCUAUGCAGCUUCUCAAAUUGAGAAGCUGCAUGUGGCACAAUCCAAAUCACACGCGGAUACAUCGGCCCCGCCACCGGCGUCGUCGCUGCCACCACCGACGACGACGAUGACAAUGGGUCCCCCACCACUGCUGCCGUCGACAACGUCGGUCCUUCCGACGACGUCGGUCCCACCACCGUCGGCGCCGACAACGACAAUGGACCCCCCACCACCGCCGCCGUCGACUACGUCGGUCCCUCCGACGACGUCGGUCCCAACAUUGCCACCGCCGCCGACAACACCGAUCUCGUCGAUCCCGCUGCCGAUGCCGACGACAUCGAUCUCGCCGACGACGCUAGCCUCGCCGACAUGGUGGACUCCGUACGGUCCAUACCCAUACGCAUGGCCAUAUUCAUGGGGAUUUGUACCCCCACCACCACCACCACCACCACCACCACCACCACCACCACCACCAUCACCAUCACCGCAAUCGUCACAGCAAAUGACAAAACGUAAGAAAAAAAUUAUCAUUUAUUAAUAUUUUUUAAAUAAAUAAUAUUUUAUAAAUAAAUAAUAUUUUUAUUUUCUUUUUACAGCUCCUCGCUGGCAACGUGGUGGCCAAAAAAAAGAUAGAAAAGGUUACGGACAAGACCAUGGUGGACGAGGCCGUGAUGGACGAGGCCGUGGCAGGCGAAUCCGCGGGAGAGACCGUGGGCAAAACAUUUAUAUUAGUUACAGUUAAAAAUAUAAGUAAUAUAGAAUGGAUAUAUAUGUGACAGUAGCUGUGUGUGUGUGCGUACAAAAUAAAAUAAAUAUUUUUUAUUAUAAUUCCAGAUAUACUGCAUAUUUGUUCCAGAUUUUGCCAAG